AUGUCAGGCAUUCCGCUUGUAUACUCCGGACCACGUCCUAUUCCGGAGCUUUAUCUUCUUACCUUGCCACUCCGUCUCUACAAUACCUGGGCACUUAAAGCAUUGUCCUCAACCCACCUAGAGUUUCCCACUUACAUUUACAAUUUCAUGUCCACCCGAGUCCCCUCUGCACUCCGCCUAGCCGUUGACUCACUCCACCGCGCCCGCCAACCCCGCCUCACAAGAUAUUCCUCAAUCCAACACCCACCCAAAGCCAUGGACGCAUACGCAGACCCCAACAGACGCCCAAAGAAGCUAAUCUGCGACAUAGCACCAGACACACCAGCUGAACCAGCAUCCGAACCCCUCCGCUCCGACACCUCAACCCCAACCUCGACAACAGAAACUCAGGUCCUAUCUGGCGCAGCUAGAGCCCACCAAUUCGGAACAAAUCCCCCUCUCACCAUCUCCCAAAUCCACGGCACAAACCCCCUGCACCAAUUCAACUCUUGGUUCCGGGACACCAGACUGCCUGCUUCUUCGGCACCGGAGACAUGUACCCUUGCUACGGCCUCGAUGCCUUCUGGCCGUGUUAGUGCCCGCACUGUCUAUCUCAAGGAGCUUGAUGAGCGUGGUUGGGUGGUGUAUAGUAACUGGGGGAGUCGGGAGGGGAAAGGAGGGCAGGUAUUUGGUGGUGAGAAAGGGGAGCUAGGAGCUAUGCCGGAGGUUAAUACGCCUGAAGGCAAUAAGUGGGGUGCAUUGACGUUUAGCUGGGCGAGUGUUGAGCGAUCUGUUCGUGUGGAGGGGUUACUUGAGCCGUUGAGUCGGGAGGAGAGUGAGAUGUACUGGCGGACCCGGGAGAGAGGGUCGCAGAUUGGGGGGUGGGCUAGUUGGCAGAGUCGGGUUUUGUGGGAAGGAAAGGCUGAGGAGAUGGGUGUGCGGCAGCGGAGGAAGAGUGUGGCGAAGUUGCAGGAUGGUGAUGUGCCGGGGGAUAUUGAUCGGACUGAUGAUGAGGAUGGGAGAGCUUUAUUGGAGCAGAGGGUGAGAGAGAUCGAGGAGAAGUUCAAGGGCGUCGAGGAUAUUCCCUUGCCGCCUUUUUGGGGUGGUGUUAGACUUGUGCCGGAGUCGGUUGAGUUCUGGCAGGGGAGACGGAGUCGAUUGCAUGAUCGGUUUAGAUAUGUGCGUGAGGAUGGAGAGGAGGUUAAAUGGAGGGUCCAGAGACUGUCUCCGUAG